CGUAACGCACUCAUAAAUAUGCAACGCACCCUUUCCUUCACACAACAAUGGAAACUCACUGUGGUGCUCACUGGAGUGCGUUUUUUCCCCUACUCUUUCUCUCUCUCUUCUCCACCGUCGGAUCAUCGUCCCACGCUGCUCCAGCAUCGUCCGCCAUACGAUUCAGACUGGCGCCAGGGGCCGCGGAGAGGCAGGUUCCGAUGCGGGCGGGUGCACCCUUCAAGAUUGCGGUGUUCGCGGACCUGCAUUUUGGGGAGAACGCGUGGACCGAGUGGGGCCCACGCCAAGACGUAAAUUCCAUCAGGGUCAUGAAUACGGUGCUCCAUCACGAAAAUCCAGAUUUUGUAAUAUAUCUCGGUGAUGUCAUCACGGCUAACAAUAUAAUGAUUGCAAAUGCAAGCUUGUAUUGGGAUCAGGCAAUCUCCCCAACAAGAAAUAGAGGCAUACCGUGGGCCAGUGUAUUUGGAAACCAUGAUGAUGCUGCAUUUGAGUGGCCAUUAGAGUGGUUCUCUGCACCUGGAAUUCCUCCAAUUCACUGCCCUCAAACUGCAACUUCUUAUUCAGGAGAAGAAUGUAGCUUCAAAGGAACAGGACGAUUGGGCCUAAUGACAAAUGAGAUCAAGAACAAUGGAUCAUUUUCUAGCUAUGGCCCUAGAAAUCUUUGGCCAAGUGUAUCCAACUAUGUCCUUGAAGUUUCAUCACCAGAUGAUCAGCAAUCACCAGUGGCUUUCCUUUACUUCCUCGAUUCUGGUGGUGGUUCCUAUCCAGAAGUCAUAUCUAGUAGCCAGGUAGAAUGGUUUAGGCAGAAAGCUGAAGAAAUUAACCCUGACUCAAGGGUUCCGGAGAUUGUUUUCUGGCAUAUUCCAAGUACAGCUUAUAAGGUGGUGGCUCCAAAAUCUGGCAUAGAAAAGCCUUGCGUAGGUUCAAUCAACAAGGAAGAUGUUGCUGCUCAAGAAGUUGAAACCGGUAUCAUGGAUCUUCUUGCGAACAGAACUUCUGUCCAGGCAAUUUUUGUUGGACAUAACCAUGGAUUGGACUGGUGUUGCCCAUACAAGAAGCUAUGGUUAUGCUAUGCUAGGCACACUGGUUAUGGUGGUUAUGGAGAUUGGCCUAGAGGAGCACGGAUUCUAGAGAUCACUCAGACACCCUUUUCUCUUCAAUCUUGGAUAAGGAUGGAGGAUGGCCAUGUGCACAGUAAAAUUGUCUUGAGUUGAAAAUCAUGCAAGUUUAGACAAUUCCUAAAUGAGCAAAGAUGAGUACCCAUACUCGUAGAACAAUUUGUAUAAUAUCAUCUUUUGUAUUUAUCUCUUUUUAUAAUUAAUAAAUAUAAUUAUUAAUGGUUGA